GAGGCUAUGGCGAGUUCCGUGGACCUUAAAGUUGUUAUCCAACACAUCGUAAACGGUACCUUGGCAGACAAUUUGUGUCUAAUUUGCUUGAAGCCGCUGGACGAGCUGAAUGAACAUAUUUUGACUACAAUAUGCAAAGAAGGCAAGGAAUAUUGCGUAGCAGACGUUUUAGAGCAGGUUUGCCACGUUAAGUUUUCAGAUGUUAUUCAACACAGGGUGUGUUCAGAUUGCUUUGUAACAGCAUCGGCUGCCUAUAAAUUCUUCCUCUCAACCAAGCGGAGUCAAGAAAUCCUAAAUUUCUACACAGAAGAACUGCAACAGAAUAUGGACUUUAUUAAUACAGACUUGCAAAACUCUGAGGACUCGAUCUGUAUAUCUUUGCCAUUAUUUACCCCAAGUGUUGAAUCAUAUGACUAUGAUUUAGAAGGCCUAGCGCUACAGAAUAGCCGUGAAAAUGCAGAUGAUAAUUCUGAUAUCGAAAAACAUAUUUCUGCUAUUAAAAAAGAAGUUGUGGUGAAACAAGAAGUGAUAGAUGAAGAUGAUGUUAUUGUAGUCAUGGAUGAUAAUAAACCUUCUUUUUUAAAGCCUCAUGAUGGGAAUUUAGUGUUAGUUGAUAAAGUUGAGGAAAAGAAAUACAUGAAGAUGUUUGGUUAUUCAGAUAAAGUUAAAAUUAAAGUUGAGGUGGAGAAGAGUAAGAAGCGGAAGAAAAGGAAACCGAUGACAUACAUGUUCUGCAGCCAGUGCCCCGUCAAAUAUAGAUUUGCAGCUAAAUUGAGGGAUCACAUGAAAAAUGAACAUAACAUUGAUUUAUUUGUGUGUCGGGUAUGCAAAGCUACGAUGGAAGACGAAGAAGAGUUCAACAACCAUUUAAAAACCCACACAAACACACACAUAUGCGCAAUCUGCUUCAUGGUCUUUAAAAAGAGAGACACCAUCAUCUCCCAUCUCAAGAAACAUGAAGCCAUGCAGCAAAGCGCUAUGACAGGCUCGCAUAUCUGUGAGCUAUGCGGACAAGUGCUGGCAGACGAGGACCAUUUGAAACAACAUUAUGAGAAGAAACAUGAUAAGAAAUAUACUUGCUAUUAUUGUGGAAAGAUGUAUAAAGGGGAAAUAAGCUUUGAUAGUCAUAUAAAGAAGCAUGAAGAGCAUUUGCGAGUUAAAAAUACGGACCUAUCCCCAGUUCCCAAGCCUCAAGAGAAACCUCCAAAGAAGAAGGAAAAGAGAUUCCACUGCGACCUUUGCGGUGGCAACUUUGUAGACGAACGGGCCCUUAUGUGGCACACAAGGUUACAUACUAAUGAGCGGCCGCAUAUCUGUGAGAUCUGCGGGCGUGGCUUCGUGUCCGUGAACCGGCGCAACCAGCACGCCAAGUGCGCGCACUCCGCGCCCUCCCGGCGCUGCCCGCUGUGCCCCUCGCUGUUCCACCUGCGCUCCAUGGUCAACACGCACAUCAAGAAGGUACAUCUUAAAGCGCACAAGCGCCGCAACCGGACGUCCAAAUAUCAAGAAGUGUACUGGCGGACCGAGCCGGUGCCUAUACAAGAGCUCAGCGUGUCCAUACAGAACGAGAUCUUAGAGCUGAAGGCGGCUCAAGAGGAUAGUGAGGACAGGGGGUUCGGUCCUGACUGGGUUAUGGGUCAUUAAGUGUCUUUGAAAAAA